CAGAGAAAGGAAGAGAACGUUGAUACAGCCAAUCAGAAGCAACAAACCUCGACGGGCCGUCUGCAAGGUUUAAAAGAUCAGAUCCAGAGUUUAAAGAAAGAGUUAAAUUCUGAGAUGUUCAAAGAUGCUAGUGAGAAAUAUAGAGAUAAAGUUAUUGAUAUGAGGACUACAGAACUAUCUAAUAAAGAUUUAGAGAAAUAUUAUAAAGCUAUGGAUCGAGCUAUCAUGAAUUAUCACAACCAGAAGAUGGCUGAAAUCAAUAAAAUUAUACGAGAAUUAUGGAGGAACACUUAUAAAGGAAACGAUAUAGAGACAAUAGAAAUACAAUCAGGAGAUGAAGAUGGGUCGUCGUUAAAAACUAAACGUAUCUAUAACUAUAAGGUUGUAAUGAUCAAGGCUGGUAUAGCUAUUGAUAUGAGAGGGCGCUGUAGUGCUGGACAAAAGGUAUUGGCGUCUCUGAUAAUUCGAUUAGCUCUAGCUGAAACUUUCUGUGUUAACUGUGGAAUAUUAGCUCUUGAUGAACCUACAACUAAUCUAGAUAGAGAAAAUAUAGAGGGUUUAGCCUACGCACUAGUUGAAAUCAUCAAGAGUCGUGCAGAUCAGAGUAACUUUCAGCUAGUUAUUAUAACUCAUGAUGAAGAUUUCGUAGAAUUACUAGGAAGGUCAGAAUAUGUGGAAGAAUUUUAUAAAGUUAGAAAAAACCAACAGUAA